UGCCCACUGUGUGCCUGCCAACUCCCAAAUCCGUCAUCUCAACACCAUCACCGUCUAAACCAUCAGCCCGCCACGAUAUCUGCUGUGUACCCUUACCUGUGCAUUUGUUUGACAAAGACUCGUUGGGUUCCAAUGAGCUGACGAGGCAUCAUGUCGGAAUAUGAGACGAAUAUGGGCGCUUCGCCUGCAGCGGCGGCUGGCGGUGACCCGCUGAGUGCCUCGGCUGCUCACGCGCAACUUAAGAAGGUCAAGAAGCAAAAGGUGUUGCUCAUGGGGAAGAGCGGUUCCGGGAAGUCCAGCAUGCGUAGUAUCAUUUUUAGUAAUUAUCUCGCCCGAGACACCCGCCGAUUAGGCGCCACCAUCGACAUCGAUCUAUCCCACGUCAAGUUCCUAGGCAACCUGACGCUGAACCUCUGGGAUUGCGGCGGCCAAGAGGCUUUCAUGGAGAACUAUCUCUCCCAGCAGCGCGCCCACGUCUUCAGCAACGUCGGCGUUCUCAUCUACGUCUUCGAUAUCGAGAGCCGGGACGUCGAGCGCGAUCUGGCGACCUACGUCAACAUCAUCAGCGCCCUUGUGCAGUACUCGCGCGAGGCUAAGGUCUUUGUGCUCAUCCACAAGAUGGACCUGAUCCAGCCCAUGACGCGCGAGGACGUCUUCGACCAGCGCGCAACCCUGGUCCGGCGCAAGACCGCCGAGGCCGUCGCCAUCGUGCACAAGCAAAAGCCCGAACAGGGCGGCGGCAGCCAGGCCCAACAACCGCCCCCCUCGGCAUCCCAAUCCGCCACCUCCACCACCGAACCCCCCAUCAACCUCCAACUCUUCGCGACCUCUAUCUGGGACCAAUCCCUCUACAAAGCCUGGGCCUCCAUCAUCCACGACCUGGUCCCCAACCUGGCCGUCAUCGAAACCCAACUCGCCAGCCUCGGGCUGGCCAUCGACGCGGACGAGAUCCUCUUAUUCGAACGCACCUCCUUCCUGGUGGUCUCCAAAUGGACAUCGCGAGAAGGGGAGCGCAACCCGUACGGGGACCGGUUCGAGCGCAUGAGCAACAUCCUCAAGAGCUGGAAGCACACGUGCUCCAAGUACACGGGCACGCCGCGCAACGCCGAGCAGUUCUCCGACUUCGAGUACAAGAUGGGCGCCACCUUCAGCAUGUUCGCCACCAAGUUCACCACGAAUACCUACAUCCUCGUCUGCAUGCCGCCGGGCGAGGCCCGGUUCAACAGCGCCAAGCUUAAUGUGGCUGCCGCCAGGUCGUGGUUUAAGUUCUUGGAUGGGCCCGUCGUGCCGACGCAGCAGGCGGGCGGUGCUAGGGGCAUGGGGGCUUCGUCGGCUUAUGGUGGGGAAGGGGUGGGGACGUCA